AUGUCAGAUACCUUGCUACGCAAACUCUGGCUAGACAAGCUGCCAACCCACACCGCGCAGAUUUUGGCAACGCUUCCUGAGGACUUGAACCUGCUACGAGUGGCUGCAAUAACCGAUAGAAUCGUAGAAUCGUACAGCACCCAUAUUUCCUCGGCGGACAGCACACCCGGUGACGAUACGCUAAAGAAAAUGCAGCAGCAGGUCAAAUUGUCCAUGCAACUGGAGCGCCUGAGUAGAGUGCAAGUUUUGACAAGCAGCGAGACAUUGUGCAAAGCCUUGCCAUUUCAACGAUCAACCAAUAUCUACUACGAAAAAACAAGCGGGAAAAGGCGAUCCCAACAGCGCAUGAAGACGGCGUCUGCUGUUGGGGGAAAUCGAGUUAACCAUCUUUUUUACAUCAACGAUAUUAACUCAGGCGAGUUAUUUUUGGUGGACACCGGAGCCCAGGUCAGUGUAGUCUCACCCAGAGCUAACACCACAACGAGCGAAUCAUCAUAUGCCCUGCGUGCAGCAAACGGUACGAAGAUCGAGACAUUUGGCUGGAUUUCUCUCACACUCAACAUCGGCUUAAGAAGAUCGUUCCUGUGGAUGUUCACCGUCGCACAGGUGAAAAUUCCUAUCCUCGGGGCCGACUUCUUAGCCCCCUACAAGCUCUUUUGGAUAUGUCUACCCACAUCCUAA